UGUAUCCCUACAUACAGUCCCUUGCAUCUUAUUAUUAAGAAAGUUGAUUGCUUCAAGUUUAAACAAAGUUUCUCUUUUUUAGUUGAAUACAUCCAAUGGAGUCCUAAACAUAUUCGUACUCGAAACUCCACACAGUUAUGACUCCUGUGCUCCAGCUGCUCCUACAUCACUAACAUCAAUUUUUCUAGGUCAGCCAUAUCUGAUCAAAUUAUUUUCAUCUCUCUGCUCCCAACUUGUGGAUGAUAAAGCGCAAAAUUUUUCGCAUGUCUGAUCGCGCAAGUUGGGGAAAAGAGGAAUCUUCCGGCGGAGAAAUAGACGAGCUCAUACCGCGAAAGAUAGGGCAUCCUGAUCACCACCGGGACGACGACGACGACGAAGACGAAGACGACGGAGUACAACACGAGAGGCAGGAACAGACCCGACUUCCACAGAUUUCAGAGCAUCGGAGGAAAGAAGACGAGGAGGAGGACAAGAAGCAAGAGAGAUUCCCCGGAAAUAGAACGAAGAUCCGAUCGAAAGUUAAUAAGAUAGUACUCUUGCCCCUCAGGCAAUUCAACAAACACCGUGAGCACGAGAAGAAGAAGGCUGCAAACAGGCGUAAUAUUAGCGCUCCUUUUCCUUAUGAUGGGGAGGAUUUCGGAGAUCUCACGUUGUAUCACUCAGAAAUUUUCAUCAUCCCACAAAAGUCUGCUGUGAUAUCAGACAUCAUUUCAAUUUAGAAAAUAUUACACGGGGCAUUGUUCAAAAAAGCGUUGAUGAAAACAAUGAGAGUAGAGACUGAAGAAGCAUUAGGGAAUAACAAGGCAUAUGAAAAGAAUUAAUAGAUGUCAACUUUCACUUGUAUUUGCAACAAUUAGGCAUUCAAAUGCAUUUCUUCAUGGCGAUCUAAAGAUGAAAAGGUGCACGAAUAUUCGUUCGACUUUGGAGGGGGAUUUGGAAUCAAUAGGUUCCAAAACGUAAGAAAGUGUUGCAUGGUCUCAAUCAAUUAUUCAGUGCUUGAUUCAGGCAUUUGCCAACAAGAAUAACAGUCACAAGAUAUAAAUAAAGUCAAUAUGCUGACAUCUUAUGAAUUAAGCACUUAGAUACAAGGAGAGUAAUGGCUUUAUUUGUGUAUGUUGUUGAUAUGUUCA